AAGAAAACCGCGUCCAUCCAUAUGUAAAUAAUAUAAUAUUUUUUAUAACUAAUUCAAAAAAGGAAUCAAAUUUGUCCAAAAUACUCGAUUCCAGAGUGCCAUAAAUGUUUAAGCCCUAAGACAGAGCAUCUAAGACCUCAAAAUAAAAACAAAACAAAUUCCGUCCAAUAUAUAUUCAAAUUUGCUGAGAUUCAAGUGCCUUCACUAUAAAAAAAAAAAAAAACAAAAAAACAUAUAUAAAAACCAACAACAAAAGCCAUAAUAUUCCAUUUUGUUGUAAACAUACAUAAAAUAAGCUAAGAGCACCAUUAUAGUAUUUACGCAGUAAAACAAAAAUUGUUUAAGAACACAAAUAAAGAAGAAAGACAAAAACCUAUAAGGAUACUCUCUCUCUCUCUUACUCUCUCUAAGACAACAAAAGUCGUGCAAUCAAAACAAAAACAGCUUUAAUCAUCUAACACAGACAGAUUCCAAGAAUCAACAACAACAACAACAACAAAAAACAUGUCAUCACCACUUACAUCACAAGAUUUAUCCAUGUCGGCUGCCAUUCAUCAGCAACAACAACAACAACAACAGAACCAACAACGUGGUCACAUCAACCAACAACAAACAUCACCAUCGCCACCACAUGCCACCGCGGCCUCACCCAAUUCCGUUCAUUCCAACGGCUUGCCAUUGAUUUCGCCAAAUGCCAUACAUCGAUCUCCAGAAUCGCCACAGCCCGAAUUAGCCACCAUGACAAAUGUAAACGUCCUCGAUCUCCACACAGAUUCGUCCAAGCUCUACGACAAAGAUGCAGUCUUCAUCUACGAGCCGCCAAAAGUCGAAGAUCAAGUGAUCGACGCCCGCAUGGUGGCCCAACUCCAACAACCAACCAUUCCCCAACCAUUAGCCAAGAUCGAAUUCGAUGAGAAUCAGAUCAUCCGCGUGAUCGGUCCAAACGGGGAGCAACAACAGAUCAUCAGCCGUGAGAUCAUCAACGGCGAACACCACAUUUUGUCCCGCAACGAAGCCGGCGAACACAUUCUUACCCGAAUUGUAAGUGAUCCGUCGAAAUUAUUGCCCAAUGACAGUGCCGUUGCCGCAGCCAUGUUCCAAGCUCAAGCUCAGAAAAUGGCCAACGAUCAUGGAGUCUAUCAGACAUCUCCAAUGGACGCUUCCGUCCUGCAGCAAUAUGAUCCCGUCAAGACCGAGGACGACUUGUACGAGGACUCGAAGAAGGGUGGCCAGAUCUUGUACACCACCCAUGACGAUCAGAAGCCAAUGUCGGGGCAAAUGCCUCACAAGCUCGAAGGGGAUCUGUAUCAGGAUGACAAGCACAUCGACUUGAUCUACAAUGACGGAAACAAAACUGUCAUUUAUACAACUACGGAUCAGAAGGGCCUCGAGAUCUAUUCUGGUGGUGACUUGAGCGGAUUGGUAGCUUCGGCUGAUGGUCAGGUCGUGGUUCAGGGAGGCUUGCAGUAUACCACAGCUGGGACAGCUGGUGGACAGCCGGUGUAUAUUGUGGCUGAUGGUAAUUUGCCACCAGGAGUUGAAGGCCAUUUGCAAAGUGCCCCCACUACAUCAAACAAAUUAAACGGACAGACCACACCUCUAGAUGUAUCUGGCCUAUCGCAAAAUGAAAUACAAGGCCUAUUGCUAGGUUCACACCCAUCAUCAACAUCAUCGGCGUCAACUACGACAACAUCACAAUCAUCGGUAGCUGGCGCUGCAACAGCUGUUGUUGUAACCACCGAUCAACAUCGCCAACAACAACAGCAACAACAACAACAACAGCAGCAGCAUCAAGCAAUUAGCAUUAAACGUGAACCCGAAGAUCUGCGAAAGGAUCCAAAAUGUGGUGGCAAUAACGGUGCUGGCAAUAAUAAUAACAACAACAACAACAACAGUAGCAAUGGCAACAACGGCGCUGGUGGACACAGUCAAAAGGUACUUGUUGUACAAUCACCUACGCCAUCAAUACAAAUUAAAGAUCCACCACCCAGUCCUGGAAGCCCAACAAACGAAACAAUGUACGCUGCCAGCGGCGGCACUCAAAUUUACCUACAGGGUCCACAUCAGACAGGUUCUUCUGUAACAGGUGGAUCAAAUGUUAACACACACAGCCCCAGCCCUGGACCAUAUAUCUCACCAGAUAGCUAUGGAAUGUACACAACACGACUUGCCACCGGACCCAAUUCCACAUUCAUCUCAGAGCCAUAUUAUCGUGAAUAUUUUGCUGCCGAUGGACAAGGUGGCUAUGCGCCCGCAACACGCACCGUUUAUGGUGAUAGUGAUGGACCACAACCGGGUACAACCUAUGAGGGUCGUUUCACAACAUCAUCACAUACUAAAAAUGGUACACCUGUCUAUGCAAAAACUGUUACAGCAGCCGGCCUCACAGUGGAUUUACCAAGUCCUGAUUCGGGUAUUGGUGCUGAUGCUAUAACGCCGAGGGAUCAAAAUAAUUUACAACAGUCAUUCGAUUACACGGAACUAUGUCAGCCUGGUACAUUAUUAGACAGCAGCGGUGCAAUACCAGUUUCAGUUAGUAGCAUGCAACGUGCUGUUAGCAUUCAUGGUGGUCAAAAUAGUCCAACAACAUCGUUGAGUGGUGGUACACCAGGGACACCAGGAACGACACGAUCAAGGCCAUGGCAUGAUUUUGGUCGGCAAAGUGAUGCCGAUAAAAUUCAAAUACCAAAAAUAUUCGUAAAUGUAGGAUUUAGAUAUCAUCUAGAAAGUCCGAUUAGUUCGUCACAAAGACGAGAAGACGAUCGAAUAACAUACAUUAAUAAAGGACAAUUUUAUGGCAUCACAUUGGAAUAUAUUCCCGAUCAAGAUAAACCAAUCAAAAAUACAACAGUUAAGAGUGUAAUCAUGUUAAUGUUCCGAGAGGAGAAAAGUCCCGAAGAUGAAAUUAAAGCCUGGCAAUUUUGGCAUAGUAGACAACAUUCUGUUAAACAGAGAAUACUUGAUGCUGAUACGAAAAAUUCCGUUGGUCUUGUAGGAUGUAUUGAAGAAGUUUCACAUAAUGCUAUUGCAGUUUAUUGGAAUCCAUUGGAAAGUUCUGCCAAGAUCAAUAUUGCCGUUCAGUGCCUGAGUACGGAUUUCAGUAGCCAGAAAGGUGUAAAGGGUCUACCACUGCAUGUACAAAUUGACACAUUUGAGGAUCCACGGGAUACACAAGUUUUCCAUCGAGGCUACUGCCAAAUAAAAGUCUUCUGCGAUAAGGGUGCUGAGCGCAAAACACGUGAUGAAGAAAGAAGAGCGGCCAAACGUAAAAUGACAGCAACAGGUAGGAAAAAGCUCGACGAACUCUAUCAUCCUGUAACAGAUCGUUCAGAAUUUUAUGCAAUGCAAGACAUAAGCAAACCGCCUGUACUAUUUACCCCCGCCGAUGACAUGGAAAAGCAGACCUUCUAUGGCCAUGAGACUGAUUCAUUAUCUGGUACACCAGAUCUUAAAGGUGCAUCACCGUUUCUACUGCAUGGACAAAAAGUCGGUACCCCAACAUUAAAAUUCCAUAAUCAUUUUCCGCCCGAUGUGCAGACUGAUAAAAAAGAUCAUAUUCUUGAACAAAGUUUAAUAUCUGGUUCAAUAUCUGAAUUUGGUGGUCCACCAAUUAAACGUGGUCGUAUGUCACCGCCAAUAAGUGAACGUGUGAUGUUAUAUGUGCGACAAGAAAACGAAGAUGUUUAUACGCCAUUGCAUGUUGUGCCACCGACGACAAUCGGACUUUUAAAUGCGAUCGAAAAUAAAUACAAAAUCUCCACAUCAAGUAUAAAUAAUAUUUAUCGUACAAAUAAAAAGGGGAUUACUGCGAAAAUUGAUGACGAUAUGUUAUCAUAUUAUUGCAAUGAAGACAUAUUCCUGCUAGAAGUGCAACAAGUUGAAGAUGACCUUUAUGAUAUAACCUUGACCGAGCUUCCAAAUCAUUGAUGCAAAGCCAUGACUAUUUUUUAAAAAUUUUGAUUAUUUUUUUUUUACACCAAGACGUAUCACAAGAUUUAUUUAAACAAAUGAGAAAAAAAAUAAGAACAAAUCCAACAAGAACAAGAGAACAAAUCAUUUACAACAACAACAAAAUAUAACAUAAGUGUUAUUAUUUAAGACCACACAAAUAAGAAUCUUUUUUUUAUAUAAUUAUAAAUAAAUUUAUAUAUUUCUAUUUUUAUUUUAUUUAAAUACAAGAAAAAACAAUACUUAAUAAUUUUAUAAACAACAAAAAAACCUAAUAAUAAUAUAUUUUGCGCUAAAAGUGGACGUUUAAAAUUGAAAAUAAUAAACAAAAACAUAAAUAUACUCUUAAAGAUAAAAAUUUUUGCUAAAAAUUCUUUUUCUUAUAUAAACUUUUUUUUAAUAUGUUUCAAAUAUGUAAUAUUAUUAUUUUUGUGUAAGCAAGAGAAGAAGAAAAAAUAGUAAAACAAUAUUUAUAUAUUGUUUUACGAGAGAUUACAUUCUUUAUAUAAAUAAAUAAAAAAAAAAAAAAAACAAUUUUAAGUGCCUAGUUUUAAGUGUAUAAAAUUAAAAAACAAAAAAAAACAAAUUUUUUAAA